UUUUUAAGUAUUUAUUUAUAUAUUUAUUAGAAUCCUAAAUUUCACAUUCCAAAAACCCUACCCCACCCCCUCAACUCUAAACCCUAAAUCUAGAUUAGUUAACCCUAAGGGUAUAAUUGUCUUUUACCCUUAAUUAAAAGUGAGGGUAAAAGUGGUUAGUGUAAACAUGAAAAGUGGUACUAUGAAUGUGCUAUUUGUGGUAAUUUCCCAAAAAAAGUCAUCAACGAUAUUGCAUAUUCUUAUUAAGAACAUAGUGUCACCAUCACUAUUAAUCAGCAUGAUCGACCAUACAAUAUAAUUAUAACAUAUAAUUCCAUAUUUAUGUUUAAAUAGUAGUUAAAAAAAAGAUAAUAUAUAUAUAUAUAUAUAAUGGUAUAGUUGUGAUUCACAUACAUAUAAAAUGUCGAAGUAUAACUUUAAACCCUAUGCUACAAAACCCUAAAAUCCAAAACAGUUUUUGAAAAACAAUAUUCAAGAUUUUAUCAAAUAUUUUACUGGAUCUUUUAUAUUAAAAUUGGUUCCUCCCUUAAUAAAAUCUCUUUUAUAUAUAUAUAUAUAUAUAUAUAUAUAUAUAAACUAUCAUACCAAAUAAGUUAUACGAUUGUUGAACGUCUUAAUAACAGAUCUAUUAAUGGUUAUAUUUUUUUAUCUACAGACAACCAACCUCUUAUAUACACCUCUAUAUAUUUGUAUAUAUAUUUUAUCAAAACAGGAACUUAAUUGUUACUCUUUAAUACAACAUAUCCAAAAAUAUAUUCUCUUUUGUAUAUAUCAGAAAAUAUUAUACAUAAAGCUCAAUCAAAUAUAACUACAUAAUAUAUGCAUAUCUUAAAUUAAAUUUUCAUGAUUAAUACACAAUAAAUUCAUCGUUUAACAUAUAUCUUCUACCACUGUAAAUACCACCAAUCUACCCCAUCAAAUACUAACACAAAUUUCUUAAAUGUUUGGGGUGAGAAUGGCGGUCCCAAAAAAUAUAAUAUACAUUUUUAAUUAAUGUUAAACCAUUUAAGACAAGUGGGUUCAUCCAAGUCAAGAUCAUUCACACCUGGAAACAUUUCAACGCACAAUUUGCUGAAUCAUUAGAAAUCAUAAUCGCCAACGAAAAAGUAAAUAAACAUAAAAUUAAUAAUGAUAUUUUUUAAAUGUCUUGCUAUUAAUAUUGUUAUAAAUAUUUAAUGCAUGGUUUCUGAUCCAAUGUUGGAACAAUUUAAAAAAAUUUGGGAAAGGUUCACAUUUUUGGCUAAUGGAAGAAUGUAAAUCAUUUCACCCCAAGUCGUACAUUGAGUCUAUAUAGACCAACAAAUCAUGUUUACAAAAUGCCUUUUAUAGGCCACACCACCAUUAAUUCAGCGGAUAUAGUUAAUGAUGAUAUGUAUAUCUCGGUAGUUGAUUGUGACACUGUUAUGAGGGGUUCUCUUCUUGAUUUGUAAGUUUUUUAUAAGGUAAUCUUCAUUUGGUAGUCACCAGCGUCAGCGACAAGAGUUAGCGACCAGAUUCAGUGACUAGAGGCUGUGACUUGACGACGUUAUUCUUUCGAAAGUUGUGCGGUUGAGCAUGGAAAUCGUCGAUGCAUUGUUCGUUUUAAUGUUUUACAGUUUUUGUGGCUAUUGUUGAUGUGUUGUUCGUUUCAAUGUCGGUUGCGACCAAAUAUCUACUUUUAUUUGUUUUCAGUUAUUCAAUUUUGUUUUUAAUUUAUAUUAUCUUUUAAAUAGAAAUAUACUAAUAAACUAAAUAUAAAAUAAAUGUUUAGAAACUAAAAGUCAAAUGUCAUAAAACUAAUAAAUAAAAAUAAGUACAAAAAGUCAAAUAAGCUAGGAAGGUAAAUGAUGUCCCUUACUCAACUCACUAGUAAUAUAAUCACAUAAAUCUUCUAUUGCUCUAUCUUGUGGGAUAUCCAACAUCAACCAAAUAAUAUUUUUCAUUUAACGGACGUAAAAAAAAAUCUCAUUCCUCACAUAAUAAGUCAAUACCUUUGUGUCAUAUGCAUAUGUGAAAUUCAUAUCAAAGUUACAUAUAGAAAAUAAAUUCAUGGUAUAUUCAUGUUUUCUACCUGUGUAUGCUUCUGCAUUUCGCUUAGGAGGGCGAAUUGAAAUAUCAGCAAAAUUGUAAUCUUUCUUAAAGAACCAGCAUAACUUUAUUUUGACUCACCACUUCAAUAAACAUUGUAACCUUUUCUUUAAUAUAAAUAUUAUUCAUCUCUUGUAACUCAUAUCUCUUUGCUAAUAUCUUACAUAAAUUUGAAAUAUUCUUUGGUUCAUGCAAAACAUCAUAACACUUAUGAUAUGAUAUGUGCAUAAGUUAUUGAACAUGAUGUCAUCUUACGUCUUGAUAUGUUCUUUGAAGCAAUUUAUGUGGCUUAAGCACAUCAAAAAAUUAGGUUCAUCAUCCUCAUCAUCAACAUCAUUCAACAUCCACACAGCCACCUGCAUAAUAUUAAAAAUCAUAUAUAUAAGUACUGAAUGUUAGUAUAUAAGUUGGUUUUAUGAACAUAAAGAAUGAUACCAUAAACAAAAUUGAUUCUAUAAUCAAUCAUAAGAAAUCGUAACAAAAAUAAUAAAAUAAAGUUAUACACAAAAAUAUACUAGAAUGUUAAGAACAUCUGAAAAGAAUACAAUUCACCAUAAAGCUUAACUCUAGAUAUAUGCUCAAGAUAGCUAAUCUUAUCAUCAUCACUAGAGAUUAUAGACAUUUGUAUGUUUCCUUCAUCAGUUGUGAGAUGAUUAUUUACAAAAAUGUGAAAUGAUGGUCAUUUUAUCACUCCAGGCAGCUCAUUAAUUAUCUCCACUAUAUAAUCAAAACGGUAUUUGUGAUAAAGUUCCAACACAUGCAACAUAUUUUCAGCUAGCUUUUUUUUUUUGCGAGAAUUGCAUUGCGUACAACAAAAGGCUCUUGAUCAGUUUUGACUUUGUACAUCGAAACCUACUUUUUCCUGCUCUUAGCACUGACAUAUCAAUGUUAACUGAAUAAAAUUCAUAUUUCUUUUAUGCAUAUACUCUAGAAGCUAAACUAGCUUCUCCUUGAUGAACGCUCCGUCCUUUUACUUCAGUCACAUUAAUAACACUAAAAUUUGCUUCUAACAUAUUUAUCUUUGGAAACAAUUUGUUCUUAUUCUUUCUUGCACCAUGUGAUUCAUGUUAAAUAUAUAUAUAUAUAUAUAUAUAUAUAUAUAUAUAGAUACUUGAAACAUAUAAAUAUGCUCACGUUAUUAAAGCACGAAAGAUUAAGAGAGCAAUACAAAACAUACAAAAAAAUAUAUGAUGCUCACGUUAUUAAAACUGCAACACAUACAACAUUCUCAAAACAUAUUGUUACAUUCAAAUGAAAGAAAUUAUUAAUAUGUUAAAAUUCCACCAAACAAAAUUAUAAAAGAAAAAACCUAAAAAAAAAGUUACUUAACACAAUGUGUCUACCUAGGGAUGUCAAAAUGGGUAAACUAACCCAAACCAAACCAUAUCCAAAUGGUUUUAAGCUUAUAUGGGUUUAUGGUUUUAACCAAUCCAUUUGACAAAUGGAUUGGGUCAAUCCAUAACUCAUUUAAGUUAAUGAUUUAAUAGUUUUAAUGGUUAACCCAUGAGCAAUAAUUUUAUAGCUUAAAUGGUUACUAAGUAAAAAUAUUACUUUGGGGCUGAAAACAAAAAGAAUACUUAGACUUUUGAUAAAUACAAUUAUAUGGUUUUGGUGUUAAAAACAUUUUUAUGAUUUUAGCAGAGAAGAUAAUUUUGUGAUUUUAGUGCGAAAACUACUUUUAACAUUUUUGCGGGAAAACAAGAUUUUCUGUUUUAGUGGAAAUACAAUUUUAUGGUUAUGGCAAGAAAACACAGUAUUACGGUUUUGGCCGGAAAAUACAAUAUUGCGGUUUUGGUGGGAAAACAUGAUUUUACGGUUUUGGCGAGAAAACUAAAUUUUGCGGUUUUGGUGAGAAAACUCAAUUUUACGGUUUUGCCAAGAAAACAUAGUAUUACGGUUUUGGCCGGAAAAUACAAUAUUGCAGUUUUGACAGGAAAACACGAUUUUGCGCUUUUGGCGGGAAAACACGAUUUUGCGAUUUUGUCAGGAAAUUUCAAUUUUGCGGUUUUGGCGGAAAAACUCAAUUUUACGAUUUUGGCAGUAAAUUCAAUUUUACGGUUUUCACGAGAAAACAGGAUUUUGCAGUUUUGGUGGAAAAACUCAAUAUUACGGUUUUGGCGGGAAAACUCAAUUUUGCGGUUUUGGCAGGAAACUCGAUUUUAUGGUUUUGGCAGAAAACUUAAUAUUACGGUUUUGGCGGAAAAACUCGAGUUCACGGUUUUGGCAAUAGUUUCAAUUUUACGGUUUCACGAGAAAACACGAUUUUGCAGUUUUGGCGGGAAAACUCAAUAUUUCGAUUGGCGGAAAAACUCAAUCUUGCGGUUUUGGCAGAAAACUUGAUUUUAUGGUUUUGGCAGAAAACUCAACUUUACGGUUUUGGCGGAAAAACUCGAUUUCACGAUUUUGGCAUGAGAACACGACUUUGCUGUUUUGGUGUGAAAUUUUGAUUUUACGGCUUUGGCGGGAAAUUAUGUCAUAUGUUCAGUUAAAAUCGCUAUCUGUUUUCAGUUUAUUUUCCAAAAUUUUAGGUUUGUAAAAGUUAUAACACAUUAAAAUCGUAUCUUAAUUUAUUAUUUUAGUUCCGAUAAACUAGAGUUUUUAAGGUCAUUUGGCUUUUAACCAUAAACUAUGGUUGUAUCUAUUUUUAUUUAAAAAAUCCCUAUUUUAUUUUAUAUGGUUACAUAAUGGAUUUUCUAUAAGAUUUUACUAAAACAGAAAAUAAACUAAUUUAGUUUUGGUAAUUUUAAUAUAUCAUUUUAUCGUAUUUUUUGUGAAUCCAAUAUUUAUUAUUUACACAAAGGUGCGGAAAAAUAAUGGAGUUGUAAGUAGUUAGAAAUAAAAGAGCAACAGUUAUGUGGAAGCACCCUAGCCUAUUGGUUAAAGUUUAAAGGCUUCUACACCCAAGUCUCGGGUUCGAAUCCCAGACUAUGAAAUUUCUUGCAGAUUAUAGGAUGCAAAGCUUUCGGAGGUUCCAGAGUACUGUAAGCAGAGCCGUUCGUUGUGGUCGCCAGUUGCGGUGAGAGCCUGUCCAUCGAGGAUGUCGUACAUGCAGAACCGUCUGUGGUUUCAAGUGUUUCGGGGAGAGCUUCAUCGUGGAAUCAUUAUUCGUGAAGCUGUUAAUCAAUAUUGCAUAUGUUGCAGGUAGUUGAUCAUCAUAUGUAAUAGAUUUAGAGAUUAUAUGAUGAUGUAAUGUGUUACCCAACGUUAAAAAAAGAGCAACAUUUAUAAAUAUGUGCUUAUUUAUCUACAAAUAAUAAUAAGGACAAGGUUGUUAUUUCUUAAUAUUAUUACAUGUCAGUUCGAUAUUAGCGGCUUGAUCUCUAUAACUAUUUAUUAGAUCAUCCCAAUUUCAAAACUCUUUAUCAUUUAUCCAAGAUCAAUGAUUUGAGUUCGCAAUAUUUUAUUUCCUUGAAUCCGAUUUAAAGAACUCUCUGAAGAUAUAGGCGCAUCAAAUUUUUCUUCUGAAAAGUGAACAUUGCAAGCUACUCAAAAGGUAUCGGAGAAACAAUAAAUAUCCAUUGCAUUGUAACAUAAAUUCAUUUCUUUAUAUUCUCAGAGUAACCAAAUACAGUUUGGUUCGAAUCAGGUUAAUCAUAGGGUAUUAAAUUAAUACUCGACUUUCGAUUUAUAAAUUUAAUGUGUUGUAUACACAAAUAAACUUUGAUCAAAGAAAAUAUACAAAAUGGACUUUCAUUAUAGAUGGAAAGUAAUCUUUUAUUUUAAAAUGAAACUAUUUUAUUUCGCAAGUAUCAACUUUGUUAUUUAUUGUUUUUUAAUAAUGCAUACAUUUAAAAAAAAAUUGCAAUGAAAUAAAAUAAUUAAUUUAAUGGAAAGCCAAAAAGUAUUCAAAACAUUUUUUUUUGAAAACCUAAAAUAUUCUCAAACAAUUAACAAAAGUUAGUCAAAACUGCAAACAAUCACUAAUUAGUAGUCUUAUCGUGUAUGGUAAAGAUUUAAAUAAACUCAUAAAAGUUUAGUCAAAAUUUCCAGAUAAUUUAUUACUUGUAUUUAUGGUAGAAGGUUGAAUAAGGAUAUUGUAUUAAUAUGGUAAGAAAAUUAAACAAAACAUUAUAAUAUGGUAGAGCUAAAAUUCAAAACACAUAUGCUAUAUAUAUCUGAGUAACUUAGUCAAGAUUUCUUAUGCAUCUUUUCAACUAACUAAAUAUAACUGGGAUUCAAGAGAGCAGUCAAUAAAUAAUUUCUAUCAGUUUUUAAGGUACACAUGAAAUUUUAUGAUAAAUCUAAUCACUAGUGAUAUUAUUACAUAUCAGAUUUUUAUAUUGCAUCACUAUCACAGAAUAUAUUAAUCUUUGUCAUAAUAUGCUUAGUUUUGAAAUUAUAUUGAUUUACUUAUAAGAAAUAAUACAUAUUCCCAAUUUGAUAUUUUGAAAGUUCUUUAAAUAGAAAAAUUAUAAUCGUAAAAGGCCUGUAAUUAUAUGUUUUAGAAUAGUGCUUGUCCAUUUCCGUCGUGUUACAGAAAUUUAAAUUACAUUUUUUCUAGUGGCUCACAUUAUUGUAUAGACUAAGGAAAUAUUUUUUCUUAAUCUCUUGAAAUAUUAAAUUUUCAAAACAAUAAAUUAUAUAGCAUUAAUUAAUUAUUUGCUUGCAAUUUUUGAUUUAUAUUACUUAAUGCAAUUUUUGAAUCUCUUUGAUUUCCCAGUUCAUAUAACAGAAUCUCAUUAUUAUUUCUUUAAAUAAAAUUUAGGAGUACAAAUACUUAAAAUUGUUUGUAAUUAUAUGUAGUAAAAAAAAUUAUGUUAGAUUCUUGGAAUUGAAUGCUGUUAUUCAUAGUAUUAUUUUGAAAUUUACAGGAAUUGAUGUCAAAAGAGAUGGCUAAAAUAAAUCGAGAUGUGCUAAUGCUAAGAGAAGAUCAGGCUCCUAACGUUGAAGCAAGCUUGAGCCAAUCUGAUCCAAGGAAGAUUUCAAUGGUUGGAAUUAAACCUCACAUACCUGACUUGAAUGUGAAACCUUGUUCUGAUUCCAACGAGGAAGAAAAAGGAGAAAUUGCAAAAGAAUUUCAGAAUCUUGCAGGUUUAAAAAUUCAUGAUGCCUGUUACGUUGAUCAUAAGCUUUUGUACGAGCUUGAGGUCGAGAUCAUUGCUCGUCUACCAUGCUUUGAAUACUGGAAACUGCAGUUUCUUAACAAGAAAUUCUUGCAGUUAUUAAAGAGCUGUGAAAUUUUCAGGGUGAGACAAGAAAAGGGACUUGCGAAACCCUAUGUGAUUUUGCAUUCAGGGGCUGUAUCUAAUUGGGAAAUGUUUGAUAAGGAUUUUAAAACCUUUCGGAGACUUCCUAAGGUUCCUUCUUCUGACUAUUGCUUUUUCUACAGCGAUAAGGAAACAGUUAGUGUGGGUACUCAACUAAUUGUCAUAGGGAGAGAAAUAGAUGGAAUUGUGGUGUUUCGCUAUGAGCUAGAGAAUCAUAAGUGGUUCAAAGGUCCUUCAAUGAUCACACCGAGGGCCAUGUACGGUUCUGCGAGCCAUGGUAAAACCGCAUUUUUUGCAGGAGGCAUUAAAAUGGAUGAAAAUGGGAACCCUGUUGUUGUGCAAACUGUAGAAAAGUAUAAUGCUGAUACAAAAAUGUGGACUAUGAUUAAUGGAAUGCAUAAAGCAAGGAAGUUCAGCUCAGGAUGUUUCUUGCGUGGAAAAUUUUACGUCCUCGGUGGCCGAGAUGAUAAUGAUAAACACCUCACUUGUGGAGAAAGUUAUGAUGAGACGACCAAUUCUUGGGAGUUGAUACCUGACAUGCUAAAAGACAUGACAGUCAUUGCGCAUUCCCAAUCUCCGCCUCUUAUUGCUGUGGUUGAUGACAAUCUAUACAUGUUAGAAACAUCUUUGAACGAGCUUCGGGUAUAUGAUAUAAACACAAAUAUUUGGAAGAAACUUGGUGUUGUCCCUGUGAGCGCAAACGCUGCCUUCGGUUGGGGGAUUGCGUUUAAAUCGAUGGGAAACAGACUUCUGGUGAUUGGAACUUCUCACUCUAGGCAUAGGAAGACAGUAGUUCACUCAUGCCGUCCUUCUCCAAACGUGAAAGAGCAGCACUGGGAAGAAAUAAAACAUUGGUGUAUUGGUGCUGAGCUCCCACAGUUUAUUCAUAAUUGUUGUGUGAUGUUUGCUUAAAAAAUUUUCCAAGGAAAACUUGGAAACUUAUUUGUUUUUGCAUUUGUGCUUAAAGUUGUUGCAUUUGGUUUUAAGUUGUUUGGUUUGUGUUUUUCUGAUCUUUUUUUGUUUUUAAUUUGGGAUAAAAAUGCUGUUGUUUUUUGUUUGUUUUAAGUGCUUAUGUUUGUGAAAAAAUACUAAUGUUGUCUAUGUAAUGGUUAUUUAUUUAUUUUGGUUUUGUUUUUUCCCUCUUCAGCCAUAAAUGUCAGUGACAAAAUGGGUAAACCAACCCAAACUAAACCAUAUCCAAAUGGUUUUAAGCUUAUAUGGGUUAUGGUUUUAACCAAUCCAUUUUGACAAAUGGAUUGGGUCAAUCCAUAACUCUUUUAAGUUAAUGAUUUAAUGGUUUUAAUGGUUAACCCAUGAACAAUAAUUAUAUAGCUUAAAUGGUUACUAAGUAAAAAUAUUACUUUGGAGCUCAAAACAAAAAGAAUACUUAGACUUUUGAUAAAUACAAUUAUAUGGUUUUGGUGUUAAAAACAUUUUUAUGAUUUUAGCAGAGAAGAUAAUUUUGUGAUUUUAGUGCGAAAACUACUUUUAACAUUUUUGCGGGAAAACAAGAUUUUCUGUUUUAGUGGAAAUACAAUUUUAUGGUUAUGGCAAGAAAACACAGUAUUACGGUUUUGGCCGGAAAAUACAAUAUUGCGGUUUUGGUGGGAAAACAUGAUUUUACGGUUUUGGCGAGAAAACUAAAUUUUGCGAUUUUGGUGGGAAAACUCAAUUUUACGGUUUUGCCAAGAAAACAUAGUAUUACUGUUUUGGCCGGAAAAUACAAUAUUGCAGUUUUGACAGGAAAACACGAUUUUGCGCUUUUGGCGGGAAAACACGAUUUUGCGAUUUUGUCAGGAAAUUUCAAUUUUGCGGUUUUGGCGGAAAAACUCAAUUUUACGAUUUUGGCAGUAAAUUCAAUUUUACGGUUUUCACGAGAAAACAGGAUUUUGCAGUUUUGAGUUUUCAAGGCUCCUAAGACAAAUGCUGUAGUAUAAAUGAUUGUCGAACCAGUUCUGAGAGAUAUCAAAGCACCGAGAAUGCAAGUAAUCACUUAAUCUAAGUGCAAUCAAUGAUUUAGAUGGGUUUUUAAACUAUGACUAAUUAAAAGAAAUAACUAAAUGAUACUUUCUU